AUGGCGGACACCAAAGAAGAUCUCCCAGCUGGCACGGUCUCUCACCACGAGAUUGCACCGGAAGCCGAAAAGCCGCAGCUGUCCCACGAAGAAGAACUUAGAGGUCGCGAUUUCACCAUAUCGGAGAAUGACUUACCCAGAGGCUACUUCCGAAGUGCUAGCUUCCUAGGGUCCAUGUUUGCAAUCGGCCUAAGCUUUGGCUGCGGUGUUGGCGGGUUUACGCUCGUAGCGCCCAUUCUAGGCUUCAUCGACGCGGAUAUUGGGCCGGAUCCGAACUUGACUUGGGUCGCUAUCAGUUAUCUCCUUACGAACUCCGUCGGGCUGAUGCUGGUGGGCCGUUUGAGUGAUUUGUUUGGGCGCCGUUGGUUCUUCAUCGGUGGCAAUAUUCUUGCUACUCUGGGUUGCAUUGUUGCCGCAACAGCUCCAAAUAUACCGGCGCUCAUUGCUGGAGAAACGCUGAUCGGUCUCGGUGCUGCUUCGCAGCUUUCAUACGCCUGUAGGUGUCAUCAAACGAAACAUCUAAAGUUUCUCUGGGGUAUCCCGUUCAGUGGCUUUGCUACGGCUAUCGGUUACGCCUUUGUGUUCCAGUCUAGCGUUGGGUGGAGAGGUGUAUUCUAUGUCCUCAUAGCCAUGAACGUUGCAAGCACUCUUGCUUGGUUUCUGUUCUACAGGCCACCGUACGGCCGCAAGACACGGUUUCUCAAAGAUUUUGAUUACAUUGGGACAUUUAUCGGCGUCCUCGGCCUCAUACUCCUCCUGAUGGGCCUCUCAUGGGGUGGCGCGCUGCACCCAUGGAAAGUUGCACACGUCAUAUUCACCAUCGUCGUGGGUUUCGUCCUCAUGGUUGCUUUCGUUCUCUACGAGACGUUCGGGAACCUCAAGGAGCCUCUGCUUCCUAUAAGACUGUUUCGGAAUACCGGAUGGGUGAUUACAAUCAUUCCUUGGGCCCUCGGAGCGGCAGUCUACUACGCCCUUGCCAUCUUAUGGGCCAGCAUGGUAGCGACGUUGUACUCGGGUGGCCAUUCAGCGAUGUGGGCCGGCUGGAGGAGCUGUCUUUCGAACUGCGGCAUUCUUUUCGGAGAAUACUGUGGCGCAUGGGGAAAGAGAAAGACGAACUACCAGAUCAUGGUCGUUUUUCUGAUAGGAAGCGUCCUCUUAGCCUCAAUGGCAACCUGCAACCACGACACGCCCGUCCGCGCCAUGGUCCUCGUCUUCCUCGCCGCAGCCUUCAUCGGCUACAACGAAAUCCUCAACUCCACCGUCGCGACCAUCGUCAUAGACGACCAACGCGAAAUCGGCACAGCAACCGACAUCGCCGGCUCGGCGCGCUCUUUCAUCUCCACUAUGUGCUCCAACGUCUACACCGUCGUUCUCACAAACCGCCUCGCCGAAACCAUCCCCGCGAGAGUCCCCGCUGCUCUCCUCGCCGCCGGCCUCCCCAGCACGUCCAUCAUUGCCUUCCUUACUGCAAUCACAGCUGGCACGCCUGCGGCUUGGGAUGCGAGCUCGUCGGCGUAUAGCACAGUCUUCUUGACCACGAUCGCGUUCUCGGGGAUCGGUGUUAUGUGCUCCUUCUUUGCGCCGAAUGUUGACCAUUUGUUGAGCAAGGAUGUGGCGGUUACGUUGCAUGAAAGAGGGACGGAGAUGGUCGUUGGGGGAUCGGAUGGUGAAGGGAGAGGGGAAGGUGUAGAUGUUGAUUCUUGGCCUAGCUACGUCUCAUGA